UUCAAAUCCGCCGCCUGGAAGAUUCAUGAUUAGUUAUAGUGGGAAGGGCGACGCGUGAGGCGAUUGGUUAAGAAGUUCACAUUCCCCUCUCCACGGGUAUUCGGCGUGGUUGCGACAGGAGUGAUUCGGUUCGUUCUACGAAUCGAGUUCUCGCCAUCGUCGUCACUCCGCGACCAUCUGCGACAGUGAUCGAGUCUUGAACGUCGUGUUACUCCGCGUAUCCCGCUCGUGCCUGCUGGGCGGCCUGCUGUUUUCGCGUACGGUGUGCCAGAAUUACCGGACUCUAUGUUGACAUCCCGCGCGAGAGGAGACGCAAGAGUAAUCCGGCGCGCCUGAAUUAUCCAUCUCCCCAGUUCGUGUAAGUGAACAGCGACACUAGGCGACCACGAUGUCCGCGAUAUUUGAUAUCGAGCUGCAGGAUGCAGGACUGCCGCACAGGGACGAGUCGGAGGACGACGACAUCAUCGAGAUCGACGCGGAGGAAUGCGUCACGCUGAACGAGCAUGAGAUCGUAAGCUCGUCUGACGUGGUGGAGACGGUGGCGAUUUCGGAGCACAAUGUCAAUCGCACGCACGAGAAGGUCGGACCGCAGGACUUUGAAUUGUGCAAAGUUAUUGGAAAAGGUGGCUAUGGCAAGGUGUUUCAAGUGCGCAAAAUAACGGGAAACGAUACCGGCACGAUCUUCGCUAUGAAGGUAUUGCGCAAGGCUUUGAUUGUAAGAAAUCAGAAAGAUACAGCUCACACUAGAGCUGAAAGAAACAUCUUGGAAUCCAUAAAGCAUCCUUUUAUCGUAGAUCUCAAGUAUGCCUUUCAAACUGGUCAUAAAUUAUAUUUGAUAUUGGAAUAUAUGUGCGGUGGUGAAUUGUUCCAUCAUUUAAAUGACGAAGGAAUUUUCAUGGAAGAUACUGCACGUUUUUACUUAUGCGAAAUUACAUUAGCUCUACAACAUCUUCACUUGCAAGGAAUUAUAUACAGAGAUUUGAAACCAGAAAAUAUUUUAUUGGAUGCAGAUGGACAUAUUAAAUUGACUGAUUUUGGAUUAUGUAAAGAGCAUAUACAAGAGGGCGCUCUUACGCAUACAUUUUGCGGAACUAUCGAAUAUAUGGCACCUGAGAUUUUAACAAGAAGUGGACACGGAAAAGCAGUAGAUUGGUGGAGUCUGGGAAGUUUGACAUAUGACAUGCUUACAGGAGCACCACCAUUUAGCUCAAACAGCAGGAAGAAAACUAUCGACAGAAUUCUACGUGGCAAAUUAUCUCUCCCAGCGUAUUUAACUGCCGAUGCUAAAGAUCUUAUUCGGAAAUUAUUGAAGAGACAAGUUGCGCAAAGAUUGGGAUCUGAUCAGUCGGAUGGUGAAGAAGUAAAAGCACACAAAUUCUUCAAACAUAUCAAUUGGAACGACGUUAUAUUUCGACAGUUAAAACCUCCCUUUAGACCAAAAUUGGCUAACGAAGAAGAUGUAUCACAAUUUGAUAAGAAAUUUACUACUUCAGCACCAAUAGACUCUCCAGUAGAUUACACUUUGAGCGAGUCAGCUGAUGGGCUAUUUCAGGGAUUUACAUAUGUAGCACCAAGUAUAAUGGAAGAUGUAUUUCGUAAACAACCCUUUUUAACUACCAAGCCAUCACCACGAGUCAUAAAAGCUAUAAGUCCUCGCAAAGCAACUCGCGGUUUUUCACCUCGGACGACGCAUCUUCAUUUUCACAAUACCCAUUUACCAAAUCACACGUAUGUAGUUGGUCACAACAAUGUGGAAGAUGCAGAGAUGAUUGAAAUAGGCUAACCGUUACUAUUAGACUAGUAGAUAGCAUUUUUGCCCAACUGCUGGAUAUUCAUGAUCCUCAGGGAGGGGUUUUAUAAUUUAGAGGGAAUAGUUAGGGAAUGGAUACAGUAUCCAUUAUUACAUUGGAUAUCCAGCAGUUACAUUUAGCAAAUCUUUUUUAUAUCUAUAUAUUGCGCAUAAAAAUAUUAAUUAAUAGAUUAUGAUUUAACAGCGACGCAGCAGGUAUUUGGUAGCACAUACAAUAGUCGCAUUUUUUAAUAUAGAUUAAAUAAUCCAUAAGAAAGUACAUUAUUUCUCAACUAGUUAUUAUAGAUUGCUUCAAUUAGCUACAGAUUUAUUGAAAAAUAUAUU